GAGCUAUUCAGGAGGCGGACCCGGCUUUUGCCAGGGUUGAGUGCACCGCUGAGCGGAUGGCAGUGGGAGCUGAGCAGAUUCCUGAGGAACGCCGGACAGUGACAUCUGUUGCUACCCAUCAAUGUCAAGAUGACUAAACUGGGAUUUUUGCGGCUGUCCUAUGAGAAGCAGGACACGCUUCUGAAGCUUCUUAUUCUCUCAAUGGCUGCUGUGCUGUCAUUCUCCACUCGUCUCUUUGCUGUCCUGCGAUUCGAAAGUGUCAUCCAUGAGUUUGACCCGUACUUUAACUAUCGGACUACCCGGUUCCUUGCCGAGGAGGGAUUUUACAAAUUCCAUAACUGGUUUGAUGACCGGGCCUGGUACCCACUGGGCCGGAUCAUCGGAGGAACAAUUUACCCAGGCUUAAUGAUCACCUCUGCUGCAAUCUACCAUGUACUCCAUUUUUUCCACAUAACCAUCGACAUUCGGAAUGUCUGUGUGUUCCUGGCCCCUCUCUUCUCUUCCUUCACCACCAUCGUCACGUACCACCUUACCAAAGAGCUCAAGGACGCAGGGGCGGGACUUCUCGCUGCUGCCAUGAUUGCUGUGGUUCCCGGAUAUAUCUCCCGGUCAGUGGCCGGCUCCUACGACAAUGAAGGAAUUGCCAUUUUUUGCAUGCUCCUCACCUACUACAUGUGGAUCAAAGCGGUGAAGACUGGUUCCAUCUAUUGGGCAGCCAAGUGCGCCCUUGCUUAUUUCUACAUGGUCUCUUCGUGGGGAGGUUACGUGUUCCUGAUCAACUUGAUCCCCCUCCAUGUGCUGGUGCUGAUGCUCACAGGACGCUUCUCCCACCGCAUCUACGUGGCCUACUGUACGGUGUACUGCCUGGGCACCAUUCUCUCCAUGCAGAUCUCCUUUGUGGGCUUCCAGCCUGUCCUGUCAUCAGAACACAUGGCCGCCUUCGGGGUCUUUGGUCUCUGCCAGAUCCAUGCCUUCGUGGAUUAUCUGCGCAGCAAGUUGAACCCACAGCAGUUUGAAGUCCUUUUCCGAAGUGUCAUCUCCCUGGUAGGCUUUGUCCUUCUCACCGUGGGAGCUCUCCUCAUGCUGACAGGAAAAAUAUCUCCCUGGACGGGGCGUUUCUACUCACUGUUGGAUCCCUCCUACGCCAAGAACAACAUCCCCAUCAUUGCUUCUGUGUCUGAGCAUCAGCCCACAACCUGGUCUUCGUACUAUUUUGACCUGCAGCUUCUUGUCUUCAUGUUUCCAGUUGGUCUCUAUUACUGCUUUAGCAACCUGUCUGAUGCCCGGAUUUUCAUCAUCAUGUACGGUGUGACCAGCAUGUACUUUUCAGCCGUGAUGGUGCGUCUGAUGCUGGUGUUGGCACCCGUGAUGUGCAUUCUUUCUGGCAUUGGAGUCUCGCAGGUGCUGUCCACUUACAUGAAGAAUCUGGACAUCAGUCGUCCAGACAAGAAGAGCAAGAAGCAGCAGGAUUCUACCUACCCUAUUAAGAAUGAAGUGGCAAGUGGGAUGGUACUGGUCAUGGCUUUCUUUCUCAUCACCUACACCUUUCAUUCGACCUGGGUGACCAGUGAGGCCUACUCUUCUCCCUCCAUCGUGCUGUCUGCUCGUGGUGGGGAUGGCAGCAGGAUCAUUUUUGAUGAUUUCCGAGAAGCCUACUAUUGGCUUCGUCACAAUACCCCAGAGGAUGCGAAGGUCAUGUCGUGGUGGGAUUAUGGCUACCAGAUUACAGCCAUGGCGAAUCGGACGAUUUUAGUGGACAAUAACACGUGGAACAAUACCCACAUUUCUCGAGUAGGGCAGGCAAUGGCAUCCACAGAAGAAAAAGCCUAUGAGAUCAUGAGGGAGCUUGAUGUUAGCUAUGUGCUGGUCAUUUUUGGAGGCCUUACUGGGUAUUCCUCUGAUGACAUCAACAAGUUCCUGUGGAUGGUUCGGAUUGGAGGCAGCACAGACACAGGCAGACACAUCAAAGAGCAUGACUAUUACACUCCAACUGGGGAGUUCCGUGUGGAUCGUGAGGGCUCUCCUGUGCUGCUGAACUGCCUCAUGUACAAGAUGUGUUACUACCGCUUUGGACAGGUCUACACGGAAGCCAAGCGCCCACCAGGCUUUGACCGUGUGCGGAACGCUGAGAUUGGGAACAAAGACUUCGAGCUUGACGUCCUAGAGGAAGCGUACACCACCGAGCACUGGCUGGUCAGGAUAUACAAGGUGAAGGACCUGGAUAAUCGAGGCUUGUCAAGGACAUAAACAUUUCUUCCAGCUCUGAUAUGCUUCACACUUAGUGCGUCUCAUUUAGGAUGCUGAAGACGUUUUUUAAAUACGCAGUUUAUAACAGCAGAACAUGAUGGGAUUAGAAUUGUCUGGAAGUUUUGCCCUGGGCAGUAUGGGCUGGGCCAAAUGCAAUGAUUUUUAUAAUUCUGAGCAGGUUACCAAAUGAAAUGUCAUGGCUUUACUUUGGUCAAUUAAAGGGAGGGAAUUUUUUUUUAA